UGUGGUGGAGUAAUAAACACUGAAAGUGGUACAAUUCAAUCACCAAAUUUUCCAAAUCUUUAUCCACAGAACGCUGUUUGUGACUGGACUGUGGAAGCUCCUGAAGAUAAAAUUAUUAUCUUCACAUUUAAUUAUUUUGACCUUGAGGAUUAUAAUUGCGAGUUUGAUUUUGUUGUUAUUUAUGAUGGUGACAAAGAAAUAGCUGUACAUUGUGGUUCGUCUAUUCCUGAUCCGGUUACAAGUACCACGAAUAAACUUCGAAUAACGUUUAUAUCUGAUGACCAAUAUGAAUAUGAAGGCUUUAAUGCAACUUAUAGUAUGAAAGGUAAACAAGAUCUAAUCAAGUUAUGA